AAUAUGGCUGGACGGGUGAAGAUUGAAAGUGGUUGCGGCGAUCAAGAAGAUACGAUUUCUGAAGAAGAACUCGAAGAACGUAGACAUUUUCAAAGAAUUGUGAAUGCUUUUAGAUGUUAUAGGGGUUACUCUUUAAGGAGGUUAAACCGUACCGUGAAAUAUGUUUCAAGCUUGCCUUCUUCACAUCAGCAACUUUUGAAGAAGUACAGGCAGCACCUUGACAGGGUGAGGCUUGCCAUUGAACACAACAAUGAUCUACUUAGACUGGUUAUUGCAAACAUUGCCCACAUGUUUGAAAAUGCUGAUCACACAGAUGACGUCAAGCCAUCGAAUCAGGUGCAGGCCACUGCAAUGGAUAUGGACAAAGUCCAGGGUGUGCUGAAGCAGUUCGUGCGUGAGUGGAGCUCUGAAGGAAGUGAAGAACGGCAGGCUUGCUUUCAGCCCAUAUUGGAUGCUAUUGAGUCGCACUUUCCCAGUGACAAUGUGAACCCUGCAUCAGUAAAGGUGCUAGUGCCCGGAGCCGGUCUUGGACGGCUGGCAUACGAGAUUGCCCGUAGAGGCUAUUGUUGCCAAGGAAAUGAGUUUAGUUUCUUUAUGCUGUUUGCUUCGAACUUUGUUCUUAACAGCUGCAAAGGUACGGACCUGCAUACAGUAUACCCCUGGGUGCACCAGUAUUACAACCACAUGGCCUCAAUAGAUCAGAUCCAGCCUGCACGAUUUCCUGAUGCAAACCCGGCAGACGUUCCACGAGAUGCAGAGUUUUCUAUGACUGCAGGCAAUUUUAUAGAGGUAUAUGCAAACCAAGGCUGUUCGUGGGACAGUGUGGCAACUUGCUUCUUUUUGGAUACGGCAGGAAAUAUAGUCCUUUACAUUGAAACAAUCUACAAGAUCCUUAAACCUGGAGGUGUAUGGGUCAACCUUGGCCCGCUCCUCUAUCAUUAUGCGGACCUUCCUACAGAGAAUUCGAUUGAGCCCAGUUAUGAAGACGUCAAAGAUAUAAUCAAGGCCUUUGGCUUUGACAUGUUGGAGGAGAGGACGGGGGUAGCAACUCCAUACACUCAAAACCCUCGUUCCAUGAUGAGGUACGAGUACAAGAGCGUGUACUUCGUUUGCCGCAAGCCUUUUCAAGAGAUUUCAUCGGUGGAUGUAACCAUUAACAGCAACGGCGUGCAAGACGACGAUAGCCUCUCCUGACCAUGACCUGUCAUCUAAAGUGUACUCGUACGUUAUAGCAGAAAACUGGAAAAGUGUGCAUAUAGUGUCUACGUACAUAUGUUAUUUGUGCUGUGCAGCACACUGCCAUGUUGGAACUCUGGUGCAUAUUGACAGUGGAAAGAGAAGGUAGAAUGUACUGGCAGAAAUCUUGACUGAAUUCCUCGAUGACUUGUGGAGCAGUGUAUGCCUUAUCAACAUUUUCCAGGACGAUACUGUGACUAAAAAUAUGUGGCGCACUGACUGUUUCGUUGCUGUUGGGCCUCAAGAACAAGUAUUCGAUAAAAUAUUCGAUAGGAAGCAACGGCUCAAGGAUGUAAUCAAUAAACUAAUUAAUGCAAAUUAUCAACAGGAGUAGGUGUAUUAACCAUGUACUUAAAAUUCAUACCAAAAAGAAAAACGGCUGGUAACCUUUUGUAGCUGCAUUAUAACGGAGCCUGAAGUUUUCGGGAAAUAUUUUUUUCUAAAUUUGGAGGGUGAAAAUCUGGUAAAUAAACAUGUGCUCUAAAUUUGUACGAAUUUGGGUGGAAAAACUUCCAGUAUGCUAAAUUUGGGGAGAAAUCGUGUUCAGUUACUCAAACUAUAACUGUACUGAUUUGGUACAAACAGUGAUGUAACUGCAUUUGCUGCCAAAGAAGUUAGUGUGCAUUCCUAGAGAUGUCUCAGCGAGGGCAUUUUGUGGGUAAAAAUCAGGUAUCGCUCUAAAGAGGCAACCUUCAAUUCGGGGAAGAAUCGGGUUAAACCCCAAAACCUCAGGCUCUAAUUAUAAGCUGAGAUCAUUUGAUUCAAGAGUGCACACAUAUGUCAGAUGAAUGCAGUUCUGAUUUCGGUAAACAGUAACGGCUAUGUUCUGAAGGAAACGUUCUGUUGAAGCAAAAAUGUUCAGCUCACUAUACAGGGUGUUUGACGUAAUGUGUCGCAAAAAUCUAAUUAAAAAUCUACUUGUCUGAAAAAAAAUGAGAUCAACAACAUUUAUUAUGGGUGAACUUCAGCCACGACUUAGGGGUGCUUUGAUCAUAUUUCAGUCGUGAGAAAUUGGAUUUUCUGGAUUGAACUCCAAAAUUUGCCAACGCAAUUAAGAUGUUUUUUUUUUUUUUUUUGCCUGAAACAAGGGAGUGCAUGUCAGACUUACCCUAUCCCAGAACAAAAUUCAUUCCCUACUACAAAGGUAGCCACUGAAAAAAAGUUGCGAAAACUGUCGUUUCGAGAUGCACAACUUGUCAGCUGCCCUCAGUUUUCCGUGAGGAGGCAACGGGAAGAGGGCGAGGAAGAAGUUGGGCCUGUACCCCGUCAGAUUCCUUUUCGAUGCUUCUGCUUGCGCCGGCAAAGUUAAAACGGCACAGUUGUCUCAAACAACAGUGAGGAGGAAGGGGCGCGUCACAGUCUUAUUCCAACGCUUCUUGCAUUAACUCGAUAGAGAAAUGAGCAUGGUUGACAAUGUGUGCAACCCGAAACAGCAGUUUCUGUACUUCCUUUUUGUGUCAGCUGUUACCAUUGUAGUAAGGAAUGUAUUUCGUAAUCGAAUGGAGUAACUCUGACACUUAAAAAAACUAUGGUGCCUUGGCAAAUUUUGAAGUUCAAUUCAGAACAUCCAAUUUUUCUUGCGACUGAAAAUUGAUCAAAGUGCUUGCAAGUCGUGGUAAACGUUAGCCAAGGAUAAAUACUGUUGAUCCCACAGUUUUCGGACAACUACACUUAUUAAUAGUUUUUUGUGAAAUGUUACGUGAAACACAGUGUCUCCUGUGCGUUCCAUCAUGUAAAGAGAUAUUCUCGGUUCAUGAUUGUUCAUUACACAUACUGUCACAUAC